AUGGCAGAUGCUUAUCAAAUUCAGUCAAAUGGCGGUGAUACACAGUCGAAACCUCUUCUCGAAUUGUAUGUCAAGGCAUCAGGGAUUGAUGCACGACGCAUUGGUGCCGAUCUUUUUUGUCAGGAAUUCUGGAUGGAGCUGUACGCAUUGUAUGAAAUCGGUGUAGCCCGUGUCGAAGUGAAAACAGUGAAUGUGAAUUCCGAAGCAUUCAAAAAGAACUUUCUCGGUGCACAACCUCCAAUCAUGAUUGAGGAAGAGAAAGAAUUAACGUAUACUGAUAAUCGAGAGAUCGAGGGAAGAAUCUUCCAUUUGGCAAAAGAAUAUAAUGUUCCACUAUUCGAAAAGGAUCCAUCUGCUGAGAAAAGAAUAGAGAAUUUAUACAGAAAUUUCAAACUCUUCCUCAGGGCCAAAGUUGAAUUUGACAAAGGAAAGAAGGAGCCAUCGCGGGUAGAGGAUUUACCUGCACAAAUAAAAGUGCACUACAAUCGUGUCUGUGAGCAGCUGUCGAAUAUCGAUCAGCUGUUAUCCGAGAGAAAGACUCGCUAUUUGCUUGGCAACAGUAUGACUGAAUACGACUGUGAAUUGAUGCCACGUCUUCAUCAUAUUCGCAUCAUUGGCCUCUCUUUGCUCGGAUUCGAUAUUCCGCACAAUUUCACACAUUUGUGGAAUUAUAUUCUCACUGCUUACCGCACUGCUGCAUUCAUUGAGAGUUGUCCAGCUGAUCAAGACAUAAUUCAUCAUUACAAAGAACAAAUGAAUCUGUUCACAAAUCAACGGGAAACUCUUCAAUCACCUACCAAAACACAUACCAUUCCCGAGAAGGUUCUAUCAGAUAUUCGUAUCAAAGGAUUGGCUCCAGAUGUAAAUGUUCACUGA